ACAGAUUCCAUCUCCAUAAGAAAAAGGGAAAAAGAAGAUUCAGCUGAAGGGCAUAAACUUUUUCACUUGAGGCAUAGGCGAUUUAAGGCUGCACAUUUGGGAGGAUUAUGUUCAUUUCUAAAUUUUCUCUGCUAGCAGCUCAUGCAAUCAAGGAUUUGGUCAAAGCUCCAUCUUCUACAUGGAGGACAUCGUAUGUGCCUGUGAUUCAGAACAGUUAUGCACAAGCCCUGAGACAAAAAUCAUUUUGCACUACAGCCAAGAAAGUGUCAGAAGAGGGCAGUGAAGAAAAGCAAAAAGUAUCGGUAACAUUUGUAGACAAGGAUGGAGAAGAGAUACACGUCAAGGUCCCUUUUGGAAUGUCAAUGCUGGAAGCUGCGCAUGAAAAUGACGUAGAGCUAGAAGGAGCAUGUGAAGGGUCACUUGCUUGUUCAACUUGUCAUGUUAUUGUGAUGGACGUGGACUAUUACAACAAACUAGAAGAUCCAGCUGAUGAAGAGAACGACAUGUUAGAUCUUGCUUUUGGGCUGACUGACACGUCUCGUCUUGGUUGUCAAAUAAUUGCAAAACCUGAAAUUGAUGGAAUUCGUUUAGCGCUUCCUGUUGCCACACGGAACUUUGCCGUUGAUGGAUACAAGCCAAAACCUCACUAAAGGAAGAUACUGUUCGAGAAUGGAUGAUGCAAUUCAGCCACAGUUUUGUAGGAUAUUUGAUACUUGGCAAGUAUCUUUGUUUUUAAGGAUAUGCGGCUUGAUCAAGGAUUCCUUUAUCAACCGCCAUCAUAGUCUGACCCUGAGAUUCAAUUGAGGGCAAAAUGCAUGAUCAGGGCCUGCAUCAGAGCAUGCUCAUUUUGUGCAAUACAUUCCAUUAGAAUAAGUCCCUUUUUUUUUUUUAAUACACACUGUUGAAGACCUCAGAACACUUAUUUGAAUUAUUUGUAUUAAUUGUAUCCUGGGUUUAUGCUACAUUGGUAGGGAGAUGGAUUUAUGUAUUAGAUUUUAAUUAUUUGAAGCAAUGGAGGAGUUGCCUUUGCUCUA